AACCCGGCAGACGCUGAAAGCCACACCGGACACAAUGAUUAACCGCUUCACAUUACUAUCGGAACUGUGACCUUGGCGUCAUGUCAAAGCUACAGAGUCAAGGUGCACACGCAUUUCGCCGCCCCACCGAACGCACGCGCAUGAUCUAUAAAACCUAUACAUCUGGACAGUCGACACCAAUCAAUAACUGAUUGUUAAACAAUACACCCAAAAUGUUCAGCAAAAUCAUAGCUUUCGGCGCACUCCUGGCUGCGGCCAACGCUGGCCUCCUCGGCCAUGGCCACGCCGUAUCUUCCCAAAGCAUCAUCCGUCAUGACGAGGGCCACUAUGCCCCAGCGCACUAUGCCGCCCCGGCUCACUACGCAUCAGCUCACUACGCCGCUCCCGUAAUCCACGCCGCCCCUGUCGUCCACGCCGCUCCUAUCGCUCACUACGCCCCUGCUGCUCACUACGAUCAUCAUGAUGAAUAUGCUCAUCCCAAAUACGACUACGCAUACUCAGUGGCUGACCCUCACACCGGCGACCACAAGUCGCAGCACGAGUCGCGCGACGGCGACGCCGUGCACGGCUACUACGAGCUGGUGCAGCCCGACGGCUCCGUGCGCAAGGUCGAGUACACCGCCGAUGACCACAAUGGUUUCAACGCUGUUGUUCACAACUCAGCCCCUUCCAUCCACGCUGCCCCUGCCCACGAUUACCCCGCCCACUACGCCGCGCCUCUGGCCCACGCCGCGCCCCUGGCUCACUACGCCGCCCCCGUCGCCUACGGUCAUGGAUACGAGGGACAUGAGGGGCAUGAUGAAUAUGCUCACCCCAAAUACGACUUCGCAUACUCGGUGUCGGACCCUCACACCGGCGACCACAAGUCGCAGCACGAGUCUCGCGACGGCGACGCCGUGCACGGCUACUACGAGCUGGUGCAGCCCGACGGCUCCGUGCGCAAGGUCGAGUACACCGCCGAUGACCACAAUGGAUUCAACGCGGUCGUGCACAACUCCGCCCCAUCCAUCCACCCAGAGCCCUACCACGGCCACCAUUACUAAGAACAUCUCUCCUGUUUUAGCGUUGUUGUGAUUUCUUUAACAAAAUUAUGAAUUAGUAAAUAGUAAUUUAUUAAAUAUUUUGUAUAACGAA